AUGGCCAUACCUUUUUAUGAACAUGAAGAACAACUGCAGCAGCAACAACAGCCUCCAGUAGCUGUAGAAACCGACCAAGUAGAUGGACCCAUAAUGCAGACUCAACACCAAAACUUUAGUAGUCCGCAUAUAAAUCAAAAUCAUUGGAAUAAUCCUGCAAACAAUGAGAAUGAAUCUAUAACACAAGAAGAUUUAAUGGCUUGGAAAAUUUUGGCUUUAGCCAUGUGUAAAGCUUUAAAGGAUCAUUAUCAGCAAAAUAUGACUAAUACAACAACAACUUCCAACACAACAACCGCCGGUCAUGCAACCACAACUGCCUCCUCAGAAACCUCUACGGCCAUCAUACAAAUUUUACCCAAUGGUCAGGUAAAACCGCAAUGGCAGUAAAAUCUGAAACAUCAACCGAAAUAAUGGAACAGUUCUGUUAGAUAAAAGCAAAAUUGUGAUGUGUUUUUUUUAAGCUAAAGAAAGUAUAUUUCCUAAGGAAAG